GAGAGAGCAGAACACUACACAAAGAGAGCCCUAAGACAACAACAUAGCAUGAGAGAAACACAUGACAACACAGCAUAGUCAGAAGCCAUAGAAGUCAAAGAUAUUCCUGUAGGUCUGUCAUGUAAAAGAAAACAAGUUGUCACGUAAUGAGGCUAUUGUAAUGUGAGCAUAAUUCAUUGCAUUGUUUGUUGUCAUUAUAGACAGUGAUGGCGUGUGAUACCCAUUAGUUAUGUCGAACGGGUUGGAUUUAAAAUCCCCUUUCCCAAAUCUAAUGUCAGAAAAUGGAGAAGUUAUGAUUGAAAGAAGAAGCAUAGAGUUACUAAAACUACACACAGUUAUUAUACCAACUUUGGAAGAAGUGAACUUUACAGAUAACACACAAUCACAUACCAAUGCCCAUGUUUUUUUUGACUGUGUCCGUUUGUAAUGGGAAUUUCCAGGUGAACAAAAAGGAGAGCAGUCGUUGAUCACAUCAAUCAAAAUAAUGUUGGUUUAAUUACAAGAUGCAACAGGGAGACACCUCUAGUACAGAAGCAGAGAAAAUGUCUAACGGGCUCUCUCUUUUGCUCUUGGAGACAGGCCCUUUAUAUUCAGACAGUGCCAAAUGUUCUCUUAACAUCAGCCCGAGAGGCUUGUGCGAAGUCAAAACAAAAGACAGUGACUUUGCCUGCUGCUACAGAAUCACACAGUGCAUACUGUGCAUAAUGUAAUCAAUACAAUUAGAAUCAGUGUCCUCGGUCCUUUUGCAAUCUGUAGCUCUGGCGUCAAUCACUAUCAAACGAUAUGAGAAGAAUCCAUAACAUUCAGUACAAAAAUCUAGUGACUAUCAACUCAGACACAAAUAUGUCACAAAUAGAACACUGGAAAUUAUGUAUAUUACAGAAUAGCAAAAACAUAUAAAUAUGCUAAGCAUUGUGUUAAUCACUCUAAACUGAAUAAGAACUCGGUCAUCAGUGUAAAUAAGAAUUUCUUCUUAACUGACUUGCCUAGUUAAAUAAAACAUUUAAUAAAUAUACUUUAUUAACCUUAAAUGGCCACUACACCAUGUCAAAAGGCACUACAUUAUGUCAUUCUAUUCCACCCCCCUCAUCAGCUGACUUGUGUAACACACUCUCUGUUCCUCCAAUGUUAACCUUUUGAGUGUGAACGUUUUAUUCGUCAGCAGAUACACUAGGUUCACAUCUGCUUUUAAUCAGUCUGCACAAGCUACAGUCAGAGUGAAGGAGAGGCCAAGACUACUGGUUUAUUUAAUUUAGCGGACAGACCUGUAUUCUGAGAUCAGAUUUAUUGCGUACUACUGGUCCAGCUCUAAAAGAGGAUCAACAUGUAUAAGCCACACCACCAGCCAGCCUAAAACUAUUUGGAGCAUCAUCUGAAGAAGAAUGUAUGAUGCUCCCCAGUCCUAUGAUCUAGGUCUAGAAACUCAAUAACAGCAAGACACUAUGGUUAGGUGACCUCAGAUCACAACCACUUCAUUCCAUCUCUGGCUGUCACCUGACUGGUGGUUGCCAUGGCUUUACAAAAUGGAUACUCCAUCAACUCCACCCCACUGGACGAGAGUGGAGAGACAACACCCCUACUUAAAAAACAAGUGGUGGAUGUUGAUGAUUCAGUACCUCCACAAUGCUGCUCUGCACGCUACAAUCUGGCCAUCAUGAUGUUCUUCGGAUUCUCCGUUGUCUACGGUCUCCGUGUCAAUCUAAGUGUUGCCAUGGUCGCCAUGGUCAAUGGGACCAAUAGCCAACCAACUCUCAACAGCUCAGUUGGCCAUGAGUGCCCAGUGUCCUCCCACGGGAAUAACAACGGCAGCCAAACCCCAGACCAACCAGACGGGAUACCUCAGUACUCGUGGGAUUCUCCAACUCAGGGCCUGCUGCUGGGGGCGUUCUUCUUUGGUUACCUGGUGACUCAGAUCCCCGGGGGUUACCUGGCCGGCCACUUUGGAGGGAGUAUCUUCUUGGGGGGAGGGGUGCUUGGCACCGCAGCCCUCACCCUCCUCACCCCCCUGGCAGCCCAGCUAGGACCCUACUGGCUGUUUGGUUUACGGGCACUGGAGGGAUUUGGGGAGGGGGUGACAUUCCCGGCCAUGAUGGCCAUGUGGGCUCGCUGGGCUCCCCCUCUAGAGAGGUCUCGUCUUAUUUCCCUGUCGGGGUCAGGGGCAAACUUUGGGGCUUUUGUAGCCCUGCCCCUCACCGGCUUCAUAUGUCACAGUCUGGGCUGGCCCGCUGUCUUCUACAUGUGUGGGGGUGCUGGUUGUAUUUGGGCAGUUUUCUGGUUCAUUCUGGUGUCUGACCAGCCUGGCACUCAUCCACGAAUCAGCACAAGAGAAAAACAUUACAUCAUCAACUCCAUAGGAAAAGAUGGUGGUGCCCAUGGCUGGUCGGUGCCUUUGUUACCCAUGGUGCUCUCUGUUCCCCUGUGGGCCAUCAUAGUGUCUCAGAUGUGUGCCAACUGGGGUUACUACACUCUGCUCACCUCACUACCCACCUACAUGGACACGGUGCUUCACUUUGACCUCCGACAGAAUGCCUUUCUCUCAGCUCUGCCCUAUCUGGGUGGCUGGGCCUUCUCAGUGAUAUCAGGUGUAGUAGCAGACAGCCUCCUGGAGAAGGAGCUGUUGAGUGUAACAGCGGUCCGCAAGAUCUUCACUAUCACAGGUCUGCUGCUGCCUGCAGCGUUCCUGGUUGCUGUGGGCUUCUCCGGCUGCAGUGGGGUGUUGGCUGUGACCUUCCUCACCCUCUCUACCACUGUAGGGGGCACCAGUGCAGCCGGGGUCUUCAUCAACCAGAUAGACAUUGCUCCACGGUAUGCGGGGGUGCUUUUAGGAAUCACCAACACUUUCGCGACUAUCCCAGGUGUUGUCGCGCCCAUCAUCACAGGUUACCUCACCAAAGAUCACUCCUUGGCGGGAUGGAGGAAUGUGUUCUGUCUAUCAGCCGGGAUCAGCGCCGGAGGAGCGCUUGUCUUCACCUUGUUUGGCAGCGGGAAGGUCCAGAAAUGGGCCCUGGCAGAGGAGGAUCAGGAGCAGGCAGAAACAGAGAGAGAUGGGUUAAUCCCUACAUGACAAGACAAGACAAGACAAGACAAGACAAGACAUGACAUGACAUGACCUAAAGGGAAUAGGGCCUGUAAGAAAUAAGCUGACCUCAGGUUAACUUAACUCCCCAUCAGGUGGUUUUAAAAAGGAUGGACCAGUGCAUUUUAAUAGUCUCUUAGUACACUGUGUUGGGAAUGGGACCCUAUAUAUAAUACAUUAUU